UAGUGGUGGAUGUUGUCGGUUUCGUGAGUUUAUCUCGAUCGAAAUCGAAACUUUACCUUUUUUCGAGAUUUGUGCGUGUUCUUGGUGAAUUAUUGUGAACAUUCUCGAUUUUAUAGUGAAUGUUACCAGUGCAAUAUCAGGAGGAAACCGAUAUUCACACCGCUCUUGCCUAGACAAGGUCCAAGAACAUGUGUAUAAUACGACAGAAUUGAAACUCUACCUUCUCCGAGAUGAUGUUGACGACUUAUGCGGAUAUGUAUCGAGAUUUCCGACUCAAAAUGUAAUCAACAUCGCGAUUGGGUUCACCUCUAGGACGUACCCCAUGAAAUGGGGGCAAACAUGGGCAAGAACGCCUCACUUCUAGAUGCUCUACCAUCUGGACAAGGCACUUUGCACGUGGUCAUGUUGGGUUUGGACUCCGCCGGCAAAACCACAGCUUUAUACAGGCUCAAGUUUGACCAGUACCUCAAUACGGUACCAACUAUUGGGUUCAACUGUGAAAAAGUCAAAGGAACCCUAGGCAAAGCUAAAGGUGUAAACUUCCUGGUUUGGGACGUUGGUGGCCAGGAAAAACUGCGGCCCCUGUGGAAGUCCUACACCAGGUGCACGGAUGGUAUUGUCUUCGUCCUGGACUCCGUUGACGUGGAACGAAUGGAGGAAGCCAAAAUGGAGCUGAUCAGGACGGUAAAAUCGCCAGAAAACUCCCAAGUUCCCAUUUUGGUACUGGCUAACAAGCAAGACUUGCCCGGAGCCAAAGAACCCAAAGACCUGGAGAAGCUGCUUGGAUUGACUGAACUGGGCAACGGCGGCGCCCCCGGCGGCCACCUGUGGCACGUCCAGCCGGCCUGCGCCAUCACUGGCGACGGCCUGCACGAAGGCCUCGAAGUCCUCUACGAGAUGAUCCUGAAAAGGCGGAAGCUGGCGAAAGAGCGCAAGAAAAAGGGCAGAUAGGGCAGCCAGGGCGGUGCCGGCUGCACCAAGGCGAUGUUCUGCUGAGCGGGGAAGAAGGACGGAACUACCGAGGGUUCGAAUUGUGAUUUUUUAGUUUUAAGUAGUAGCCGAAUUGUUGGAUUGGCGGAUAAUCGGAUGUCGUUUUGAAUCAAAGAAAAUGAUUGAAAAUUAAUCAAAAUUGUCUUAAGCUUCUUUCAGAACCUCAAAGCUUCUUCUGAUACAUAUAUAUUCGGUUUAAUAUACCUUAAAGCUUUGGUUUUUGAGAUAUUACAUUUUUGAGAUAUUAACAUAUUUAAAUAUGCAUGGUAUAAUAAAAAAAAGUUUG